UGUCCCAGGGAGAAAUGAAAUGGCGUCAAAGAGAAUCAGAAAUUCUCGUACCCGUAAAGCGGAAAUGACACUCUAGGUUUUUGCCCCCUUCCUCAGUCUAUUGCCUCAACUCCUAAAAAGCGAGGAUUGGCUGGACGUCACAUGUCAUCACCACUUUUCCUCGCGAGCCCUCUGCUGCUGCAGAAGCUUGUUCUGAUUGGUUCCACACGAAUCAGGGUAGAGAUUCUGAACUGGACGCGCGGAAAUAAAAUAACAGAGACACGGGAAGUUGUUUUGUAGGAAAUAAUUCAAAAUCGAUGUUGCUCACCUUCAGCCGCCUAGUAGUAUAGUGCACUCUAGAACCUCAAGACUCUGCUUCCUCAUUUCUGCUGCACUGAUAGAUCAUAUCCUUCAAGGAAUAAUGGUGGAACUUCUGCUUCACCACUGUCCUUCCCAAUGAGAUCCACCUGUCUCUUAAUACUGGUAUUUGCAUUCUUAAUUCUACCGCCUGGAAAUGAGUAAACUCCGGUUGGCAACAUGCAGCAAGCUAGGAAUACAACGGGGGACUAGGAAACAACAGAAGCCAUCAAAGAAACAUGAAGAAAUUAUCACUUUCUACAAAGGAGUGCCCAGUCAACAGUCUUUAUUCCACACUUUUGGCAGUGAAGCUGAAAUCAAAGCUUUUCGGAAGAAACUGCUCGCCUGGUACAAUAAAUGCAAACGGGACCUUCCCUGGAGGAAACUGGCUGCAACCGAAGCUGAUGCUGACAGACGAGCAUAUGCUGUGUGGGUCUCGGAAAUCAUGCUCCAGCAGACGCAGGUGACUUCAGUGAUCAGCUACUACAAUCGCUGGAUGCAGAAAUGGCCAACCUUGCAGGAGCUAGCUAAGGCUUCACUGGAGGAGGUGAAUGAGCUGUGGGCAGGGCUUGGCUACUAUUCCCGAGGGAAGCGGCUCCAGGAGAGUGCACAAAAGGUGGUGUCAGAGAUGGGAGGUCAUAUGCCCAGGACAGCAGAGGAACUACAGAAGCUGCUGCCAGGAGUAGGAAAGUACACUGCAGGAGCUGUGGCGUCCAUUGCAUUUGGCCAGGUGACAGGUGUGGUGGACGGAAAUGUAAUUCGGGUCUUGUGCCGUGUACGAGCCAUUGGUGCUGACCCUGCCAGUUCUCCUGUUGCUGACAGACUCUGGGCUUUAGCACACACUCUGGUGGAUCCAACCCAUCCAGGUGACUUUAACCAAGCGAUGAUGGAAUUGGGGGCAACUGUGUGCACUCCUAGAGCUCCACUGUGUAUGGAGUGUCCAGUGAAACAGCAUUGCAGAGCUCACCACAGGGUGGAGAAGGAGCUGGAAGUCUCUGCCAAGAGGCUGCUGGGGAAAGCUGCCUCUAAGGGUCUCCCAUUGCUGGAUGUAGAAGAAUGUGUCACUACUGCAGGGAGCUGCUCCCUCUGCUUGCCUCCUUCAGAACCAUGGGACUCCAGCCUUGGUGUGACCAACUUCCCUAAGAAAAACAACAAGAAGCAGCCCAGGGUAGAGCGCACAGCCACAUGUGUGCUGCAGAGAAGCCGCCACAAGGGAAGAUCAGAAUACCUUAUUGUACAGAGACUCAGCACAGGGCUACUAGCAGGGCUGUGGGAGUUUCCCAGCCUCAUCCUUGAGCCAGGGCAGGAGAAGCAGCAGAAAUCGGCUCUGGCAGAUCACCUCCAUGCAUGGAUUGGCAGUGAUGUAGCAGUGAAACGCCUGCUGUAUGUUGGGGAGGUUCUCCAUAUCUUCUCUCACAUCCGCCAAACAUAUGUGGUCUACUUUCUGAACUUGGACGAGGGAAAUUUCCACAUGGAGGUGGAGCUGCCGGCAUCCCGUUGGGUGACCAAAGAAGAAUUCCAGAACUCAGCCAUCUCCACAGCCAUGAAGAAGGUCUUCAAAGCUUAUGAAAAGUGGAGCCCUACAAUCAGUGCUGCCAAGGUUGUCAAGAGGAAACGGGCUGUUCAGCAGGCUGACCAGCCACUGCCUGAAGCAGAGAACAACUCAUCCAAGAGGCAGCUUUCUAUGGAUUCAUUCCUUUCAGUUCACACCCAGAACUGAUUGCCAUCUCUCCACUCUCAGGAAUUGUAUAUAGCACUUGGGAGCAUUACUGGUGCCUUUAUCAGAUGACCAUCCCCUUGGAUUCUAUCUGGGCCUUUUCUGGCCAUACAGUGAAGUGUACCUGCUAGCUGUCUUCAGUGUUAAGCAGGAGGAUCUUUGGUCAGAGAGAAUGCAGCUGCUCCAGAAAGGAACGAAAGACUUCUUUGGCUUUAUGUGGGCAUACCGCACAACAGAAUCAAAGGGCUUUUAAGUAUGAGGGACUGAUUGACAAACAUGGGGUGGAGGAACUUGCAUUCUGCAGAGGCUGCUAAGCAAACCUCUUAUGCAACUUCCUUAAAAUCAAUUGCUUCUCAAGGCGAGUAACUAUACAAUCAGCAUUGCUUGAGAACUGAUUGCUUACAUAUGAGGCCUUAUCUUGCUGUUGUUGUAUAUGUCAUCAUUGCUGUAGCUCACAGGUCAACUGUUUUUAGUAUAGAAAAUGGCCCACUUUUAAUUCUGGUAAUAAAAUUUUAAUGUGUUUCUAUAA